CGUGAUGUAGUGCACUUUGAAAAUGCCUGCAUAAACAUGCCUAGAGGUGUGCUUUAGUGUAAUCUAGGCAUCUCUCCAUCCAAUCAGAUUGACAAUCAAGAUUAACUAUGACAUACUCAACUCCAUAGUCAGGCUUCCUGGCUAAUCUGUCCAGCCUACUCUAUCUCAUCUCCCGCUCAGUCUCCUCCUGUUCUGCUCUGCUACCUGUGCUGUAACUGAGCUAAAUUAUUUGCUUACUCCUCUGUAAACAUGCAUUUCCUGUUUAAAAAUUUCUGUUUGAAAACUAUUUCAGCAUUUCCUAGCUGAGAAUGCCAGAAGCAGUACUUGAUCUCCCCAGCCCUCUGCUGUCCCACUUUUCCUGGAGUUGUUUGACUUAAAUGAAAUGAUGUCUGUAAAAUGCUUAGUGCCAUCCCUGACAGAUAGUGAUCAUCAGUGUAACUGUAUUGAAAUAAAGUCGAGAAAAGUACAAGAUGGAGCUAGAACAUCUUGUUGUGGUAUAAAGAAGAAAGUGUAACGGGGGCAGAAGCAAAGCUCUCCCUUGUGGAAUAAUACUGACACAGAGAAGAAGAGAGGGAGUUACAAAAUCAUCACUCCACACGAAAGUGAGUGGGUGAUAGUUUAGUGAGAAGCAGGAUAUUUUUGCAUAAUCUCAGUUCAUUUCUUUAGAGUUUGCCAGUUGAUUAAAAGGGGAAGCAUAGUAACUUUAUAGCAGAGAAACUUGGCAAUCAAUACUUUAAUGACUAUAAAUGAAUGACAUGAUCAAAAUUAACUUGUGUUGGGAGAACUAACUAAUCCAUACUUCCCAUGUGGUAUAAGAAGAUAGCUUCAUCUUCUGGUAUUUGUUCUAGGAGUUCACUACUUUCGUCUGAUCAUGACAAAACAUUCCACAUUGAGAACUGGCCCACAUGGAAGGAUGUAUCCUCUUCAAACAUGUCAGGAACAAGAAAAGAAAGGCAGAAGCUUACACAUAUAUGUUCCAUGAGUUCUGAUGCAUUGUGUGUGAUCUUGAGCUGGAUGUUAGGGUGGAAUAAUUCACUACAAAGAACAGUGGGCACAUGACAAUUUGAUCAGGAAGUCUAGAUAUGGUAAUGAUAUUUGUGUCAUGUGGUUAUGUGAGAGUGUCCCUUUGGAAAGUUGUAGGAGUAGAGAACAGUGUUUUCAGCUGGUUCAGGAAAGGUGCACACAUGUUUAAGAGCAGAGAAGAGAAUUCUACAGCAAAUGAGCAAAAUGUGAGUGUGUCGGGUUUUCAUAGUGGGUUCAUGGGAUUCUUUGUACUGUUGCAUGGUUUUGAUGUUUGAAGUUGUAGCAAGCUGAACUUUUGUUUUUGUUUCCUUGCUUUAUUUUGUUUUUAUAAGGCCCUAUUUGAGGCAUUGUAUCCUAGGAGAAUCUUCAAUAGUUCCUUAUUUAGGAGCACUGUAUGGAGUAAUGGAUUGUUUUCUGAGCUUCCUAGACUAAAGACAGGGACAGUUUGAGAACACCCUCAGGCUUCAUACUAUUAUAUAAAUGGUGGAGAACUUUUUACUCAUCUUUCUCAAAGAGAGCGUUUCACAGAGCACGAAGUGCAGAUCUAUGUUGGAGAGAUUGUGCUUGCCCUGGAACACCUGCACAAGAGGGCACUUCCUGAUUUUGCUGCUGGUUCGGAGUUAUUUCCCUCCCUCCUGUGUUAGCUUGCUUCUGCAUCUGUCCUACUCUGUUCCUCCUCAUUGCCUCCAAGUGACAUGAGCUCAGUUGGGGAUUAUAUACCGGGACAUUAAGCUUGAAAAUAUUCUACUUGAUUCUAAUGGCCAUGUGGUGCUGACAGAUUUUGGUCUGAGUAAGGAGUUUGUGGCUGAUGAAACUGAAAGAGCAUAUUCUUUUUGUGGAACUAUUGAAUACAUGGCACCAGAUAUUGUCAGAGGGGGUGAUUCAGGACAUGACAAGGCAGUUGACUGGUGGAGUUUAGGUGUUCUAAUGUAUGAACUACUAACGGGAGCGUCUCCUUUCACUGUUGAUGGAGAAAAAAAUUCCCAGGCUGAGAUAUCUAGGAGAAUCUUAAAAAGUGAGCCUCCAUAUCCCCAGGAAAUGAGCGCUCUAGCUAAAGACCUGCUUCAGCGGCUUUUGAUGAAAGAUCCCAAGAAGCGAUUGGGAUGUGGCCCCCGGGACGCAGAGGAAAUCAAAGAACAUCUCUUCUUUCAGAAAAUAAAUUGGGAUGACUUAGCUGCCAAAAAAGUGCCUGCACCAUUUAAACCAGUGAUCCGGGAUGAGUUAGAUGUGAGUAACUUUGCUGAAGAGUUCACAGAAAUGGACCCUACCUAUUCUCCUGCAGCGCUGCCCCAGAGCUCUGAGAGGCUCUUUCAGGGCUAUUCCUUUGUUGCUCCUUCUAUCCUCUUCAAGCGUAAUGCGGCUGUCAUAGAUCCUCUUCAGUUCCAUAUGGGAGUUGAACGCCCUGGAGUAACAAAUGUUGCCAGGAGUGCAAUGAUGAAGGACUCACCAUUCUAUCAACACUAUGACCUAGAUCUGAAAGACAAACCUUUGGGAGAAGGAAGUUUUUCAAUUUGUCGAAAGUGUGUUCACAAAAAAAGUAACCAAGCAUUUGCCGUCAAAAUAAUCAGCAAAAGGAUGGAAGCCAAUACUCAGAAAGAAAUAACAGCUCUAAAACUCUGUGAAGGACACCCCAAUAUCGUGAAGCUUCAUGAAGUUUUUCAUGAUCAGCUCCAUACAUUCCUCGUGAUGGAACUUCUGAAUGGGGGAGAGCUGUUCGAGCGCAUCAAGAAGAAGAAGCACUUCAGUGAGACCGAGGCCAGCUACAUCAUGCGCAAGCUUGUCUCAGCUGUGAGCCACAUGCAUGAUGUUGGAGUGGUGCACAGAGACCUGAAACCUGAGAAUUUAUUGUUCACUGAUGAAAACGACAAUUUGGAAAUUAAAGUAAUUGACUUUGGGUUUGCACGCCUCAAGCCACCUGACAACCAGCCCCUCAAGACCCCAUGCUUUACCCUUCACUAUGCAGCACCAGAGCUCUUGACGCACAAUGGCUAUGAUGAGUCCUGCGACCUGUGGAGUUUGGGUGUCAUCUUGUAUACAAUGUUGUCAGGGCAGGUACCAUUCCAGUCUCAUGACAGAAGUUUAACGUGCACCAGUGCAGUAGAAAUCAUGAAGAAAAUUAAAAAGGGAGAUUUCUCCUUUGAAGGAGAAGCAUGGAAGAAUGUAUCCCAAGAGGCUAAAGAUUUGAUUCAAGGACUUCUUACAGUUGAUCCAAAUAAAAGGCUGAAAAUGUCUGGCUUGAGAUACAAUGAAUGGCUUCAGGAUGGCAGUCAGCUGUCCUCCAAUCCUCUGAUGACUCCAGACAUUCUGGGAUCUUCAGGAGCUGCUGUACACACCUGUGUGAAAGCAACCUUUCAUGCCUUUAACAAAUACAAGAGAGAAGGGUUUUGUCUUCAGAAUGUGGACAAGGCCCCUUUGGCUAAGAGGAGGAAGAUGAAGAGGACAAGCACCAGCACAGAGACACGCAGCAGCUCCAGCGAGAGCUCCCGCUCCUCCUCCUCACAUUCCCAUGGCAAAACGACGCCCACCAAGACGCUGCAGCCUGGCAACCCUACAGACAGCAGUAACCCAGACACCCUCUUCCAGUUCUCAGACUGAGGACUGUGGGAAUGGUAGGAAGUCUUGGCUGACCCUUGCACCUUAGUUCCCUCAGCAUGUGCCUGAGGUAUGAUCUGUGCUUUAAAAAGAUGUCUCCCAUUGUUCUCAUUGGAAUCUGCCUCUUAAUGAAUUUUUUUUUUUUUUUCGGGAAAGCCUGUUUGGUUAUCUUUGUCCAAAAGCACUGGACAGCAUUACUGUGAAUAGAGGACACAUGAUACUUUUUAGCGGACUAGCACGAUGCCAGCUCAAGAUUCUUCUUGAAACAGCAAAGGUUUCUGUAAUUUUAGUGACGGGUUAGAUAAGUCACAGAUGUCCACAUGUCUGCCAAGAAGACUUGAUGACUUCUGCUUUGCCUGGUGAACACAGUUUUUAAGAGACUUGUACCCUUUGGGUAGUGACCAGAGAAAAAGGUCUGAUUUCAAAACAGAUGCUAUAAUGAAUUUUAUGUGUGGCUUUGUUUCUUAAAAGAGAAUUUUAACUUAUUGUUUUUAUUUUAUGGUCAUAUAUACUGAUAACUUGCUAUUAUUAAUCUUUUUCUAAAAAGUAAAAAAAUAUUUAAGAACUUAAGGUCCUGUGUUCUGCACUUGGGACCAUCUGAACUGCAUGCUAAGCUAUGUUUGUUUUUAAUUUUGCACUGCUCUUUCCUAGCAGUUUGUUUUAAUGGUUAUUGCAGGAAUUAAGGUACAUGUCUCUUGGUUUAUGUAAUACAGCACUUUAUAAAAUAGUAUGAGUAUUGCAGUCUGUCUUAUAAGGUGCACUAUUUAAAGCAUAUGUACUGUAUUUUUGCUAUUCUUUUCAUUAUCUACUUUAAUUUGUCCUCACAUCCCUCUUCUGCUUUCUAUGCAGCAAGUAGAAAGGGACAUGUUGUAUAAUGACUCAUUAGCCACUUAUGCACCAAUAUGAGGAACAGGAAAGGGAAAUUCUACUCAACACUGUGCUUCAUAUCUGUACACUGUGUUGCACUACAGUGAGGCAUUUCCUCCUGUAGUCAGAUAUUAUGUACAUAAUAUUUUAGAACCAUACCUAUACUUGUUUUUGAAAUGUUUCUGUUGAAUUUUAAAUCCACAAAGCAUUUUAUAAACUUAUGCAGAGCACUUUUAUUGCUCAAAAGUUCUAAAUUGAUAUAGACAAGUGCUAUGCUGUGAAGACAUUUCAUUGAAAGACUGCUUCAUUUUACAAUUAAUACAAACUAAUUAAUUCCCUAUGCAAAAAAAGAAAUUACAGGAUUUGUAUGGUUUUUUUUUCCUUUAAAGCCAUUACAUGGAAUGUCAGGACUAAGAAAAAUGAUCUUCGCUAUGUUUACAAGAAUUAUGCUUAAAAAGAUACUGUCCAACAUGUUUAUUUUAGUUUUGUUAGUGAUAACUCUUCAGCAUUAGUUUGGAAUUUGGACAUGAUACCUAUUUAUCUCUUUCUUAAGGUAUUAGCAGCAUUAAUUUCAACCGGUGAUGAAUACUGCAUUCUGUGUAAUGGUAAUGUAUUUAUUACUAAAUCAGUGUACAUAUUAAUAGUAUAGGCAACAAAAAAUGACAAAUAUUAAAAUAUUUUCAAAACAUUACAUUAUCCUGUUCACUUUUUGUUCACAGUAGUUACUGGGGAUAUUUUUUGAUACUCUUGGACUGGCCAAAUGGCUAUAUAAUUCUCACUGAGUCAAUAAAAAUUUUAUACUCCUAGCUUUCAGUCAUUUCUAGCAAUGAUAGGAAACUGUGAAUUAUUAAUAAACUAUAGCUGUUUCACAAAAUGUGAUACCCUUGGGCACAGAUUUUUAAUAAGAAUAUGUCCACUUAUUUUUACACUGGAUAUAUUUGGAUUAUAUUUGGAAAUGUGUAAGUUAGUUCUUGAAGUCAUUUGUAAAUGUGUGUCCUGAUAGGAAAUACAAGUUGCAAAGUACAAACUGAGGAGAUUGUGUUGCCAACAAAAGGUAAUCCAGAAAAGUGGUUCAACCCUCCUCAUGAUUUAUUAGUUCAUUGUGAAUAUUGGAAAUUUAUGGGUUUUUCAUUUCAUCACCUUGUAUCUUCUGGAGGAUUUGAUAGACACUGGGCAAAAGUCAGGUAGAGUAAGAAGAAAAGGUAAGGCUUUCUGCAAACUGUUGAGCCUAACUGAAUCAUCUAGAAAAGACCACAAGAAACUCACAGCUCAGGCCUUCAAUAAGAUGCUACCACCGUCACCCAAUUUAUAAGCACCUGAAAGACACCACCUAAUGAUCCCUUGCAGAUUCUAUGUUAGUGGACAAGUUGUCCUCUAAGAAUCAUAAAACUUUCACUUGAUCACAUCAAAAUUAAAUAAUAAAAAUGCUACAUGCAAAAAUAUUAAGUGAGGAUCUGGAGAGAUGGCCCAGCAGUUAAGAGCAAACAUGGCUCUUAGAAGGAUGUGAGUUCUGUUCCCAGCAUCUGUAUCAGACAGCUCACUACAGCUGGAACCCCAGCUCCGGGGCAUUCCGUGCCCUCUUCCGGUGCACAAAAUAUUAACUGAAAUGACUUGUUUUUGGAGUAAAUAGAAGUAGAUCGGAGAAAAUAAAUACCUGCUUUAAGUUCUCUUUAUGACAAUAGUUUUGGGGGUAGAGCCAAGUCAUCCCACCCUUCUUUAUUGGUUACAUUGUGUGUAAUUUAGACCACUGCAUAUCCUGAGUCACGCGUUUUGUAAUUGCCUGUGCCUCAUGUAUUGAAAGGCCUGGAUAAUAAGAAAAGGAAUUUGAUAGGGGAACAAAACAGACCAGUUUUUUGUAAUUGUGCCAGAUCCUGUUGCUGAAUGAACUAAUUUAGCUAUCUUGAGAACUGAUGGGUUUCAAGCCUCUAUAGAAACCAUUAAACUAUUGGAGUGAAGUGAAUUUCAACAUAAUUAUCUGUCUUGAAGUUGCAGGUUCAUUUGUGCAUGAAAACCGCCUUUUUCUUUGAGAUUACUGCUAAUUAAAUAAUUAUGCAAAUGGCUAUAUUUUAAAUGUAAGGUGAUUAUUUUAAAGAAUCCUACUAGGGUAACAGUGAGUGAUUUGUUCUUUUUUUAAUAAAGGAAAUCCUUUAUCUAAAUAUGAA